AUGGGCGUAAAACUCGCCUUAUUAAUGAGCCUCCUGCUUAUAAGGGGGGGCACAGAAAUAGGUGUGCUCGUCAGUAAGCUAAGUGGAGGCAAGAAUGGAAGACUUCUUCUGAAUGUUACGAAUCACAAAUGCGAGAAGUGCAAAAAGGGGUUUUACAACUUUUCUAGGGACAACAAAAUAUGCCUACCCUGUCCCCUUGGCACGUUCACCCACGCGGAGGGGUCCAUUGUGUGCACAAAUUGUCCAGGCGGGUCUACCACGAAAAGCACGGGGUCGGAAUCAUCUCGCGCCUGUGUCUGCAGCAAAGGCUUCAAGGUAGACACCACCGACGGCAGGUGUGCAAAAUGCAGUGCCCUCGAAUCAUGUGACGACGGCGAAAAUGUGUGGUCGUUUAAAAAUAUGUGCACGAAAGAAAGGGGCGAAGAGUACGUAGAGCUGUGUAGAAACGUGCGAACCGAUCAAGUGUACAGUUUUCAAAUUUCCUGUUUUAAAAAAGACGUUUGUUUGAAUCACAAGGAGGGGAAGACCUGCCUGGAGGGGAAUAAACUUAUCCAGUGCAAAAUUUGUGAUGAAAAUUUCAGAUACGAUUUCGUAACCCCAGUGAAGCGUCCCUGCGUGCUUUGUAGUUUUACAACGUACGUAGUUUCGCUGUACUUCAUCGCCCUGGGCUUUUUCCUAAGCCUUUUAAUAUUCACCUGUGUAGGAAGAGAAAGAGAAAGCGAAAUGAAGAUAAUCAGACUGGUUGUUAAAUAUACGCAGUUUAUGUCUCUCCUCAGGUACGUGAACUCCAAUUAUAGUCACUUCCUUUUAGACGCGCUGCACUUCUUCACGGUUGGAGUUCCGCUGAAUGAAGUCCUCGACUGUAUAUUCGCGAGGGGUACAAACGGAGAAAGGAUUGAAAAGAAGGUUGAUUUUUUGCUAUUCUUGCCUCUGCUCUUUUUAGUAUUCUCCCUUUUUGGAACAAUUGCCCUUCGCCUGUUAAGAAGAAACAACAAGAGCAAAGCAGAAGAGAGUGGCAAGUAUUUUGCGCAGCUUUUCAUUUUAUACCAUGAAUAUCUGUACUUGGAAAUAAUACGGCUAUGUGUUUUUUUUUAUUUUUGUAAUUAUGAUGAAGAGAGGAGAGGCGACUUUUUGAUAGUGGACGAUUCUUUAGAGUGCAAAAAAAUGAGGACAAAAUAUUUUGUAAAAAUAUGGAUAAUCGUGCUGUACAAUACGUUGGUUAAUUAUUUCGACUACUUUUUAUUUUUUCUGAAGAAGUAUAUUCCCAGAUUAGACGCCUUAUGUGUGUUAAAGGCAAAGGUAAGUACGCUUAGCCCUCCGGAUGACAUUUUCUUGCUGCUCUUUUUGUUUUUUUUUCACAAGCGAUUUUUUAGCAACGUGAAGGCAUCUCUAACUGUUAAUCAUAAGAAUGGUAUAUAUAACAAUAAUGUGCACACGUUUCAGUUUGUCGUCAUUGCGGUUUCGUUUUCUCUCUACACGUUAGUUACAUUUUUAUGCGUCUACCGAUGUGACGACUGCGCGGGGGGAGUGGUAUUAGAAGAACUGGAAAAGAGGCGAAAUGUGGGGCAUAUUGUGGGGGCGUCCCCAGUUUAUGAGGAAGAAGAGGGGACAAAAAGAGAGGCCAAAAAAAAGGAGGUGGCCAGGGAGAAGAGUGAUAACAAUGAGGGAGAAGCAGAAGAGGUGGAGCUAAAAAGUGGAGAAAUGGGUGUGCCACAUGGUGAGGCGCGGGAGAAAGGCGAAGAGGAGGAAAAAGAAGCAGGAGAAGAUGCGGGGGAAGAAGAGCACAAACGGGGAACUCCAUCAGGGGGUGACAAACAAGGCCACCCCGCCACCCCGUCCUGUUUUAUUCAAGUGGUAAACCUGUUGUCCAAAUUGGUUAAAAAACGCAGAACUGAGAAGUUCUUUUUCUACUUUUCCAUGUUUGUGCAUGUCACCAUUUCGCUCUCCUACUACACCUUCUUAAGCUACGUGCAUGCAAGACAAUUCCUGGGGGUGCUGACAACCAUUUCGGUGCUAUGCAAUGGGUUGAUUUAUGCCACGAUUUUCUUGCUGCUCAUAAAAUUGGGCAAAGGGAAUAACCUGAAGAAGGGCAAUAAAAAAUGGUUCAGAAUUAGCAGCAUCAGAAGGAGGAUAGGAAAGGCGAAGUGGGUGGCCAUAUGGAGAAGAAGAAAAGCAAGCGGAACAGAAAAGGAGCAAACAAACAGCAAACAUGUGGUAAUUUUCCAAAACAGAAAUAACAAAAUGGAGGAGAAAUACCAUUUGAAAAAUGAAAAAAGGAGCAUCAUACUGAUAAAUAACAUCCUGAAGAACAGCAAAAGUUUUCAAGUGCACUUUGGUGAAGUAGCUCGCAAGUCAGAAAGUGACAGCUCUGUUAAAAACGGGGAAAGUAAUAAAUUUAUCAGAAGGUACAAAUUACUAAACAUAUCAAAAAAGUGGGUAACAUUUCUUCAAAAUGUUGUGGGUCUAUCCGAUGAACCGGAGAAGUGCUUGUCUAUGCUGAUCAGCUUAACGCUAGAGGAGGAGUUCCCCAGCCUCGAUUUAGACGCCUGUUUGGAGGUAGUAAAGAAGAAUUAUUUCGCCCCAAUGGAGAAUGUGACAACCAUUUUGAAAAACUUUCUCAAAUAUACGAACAAAUUUUUAGCCAUUCUGGGGAGGAGGCGAAAAGGAGAAAAGAAAACUUCGAACGGGGGUGGAAGCAAAUGCACAUUCGGACGCCUAACCGACUGCGACGAGUCGGCAAUCGUCUUCGCGUGGGGGUUGGGCAUUCUCAGCUUCGGAAACCUGCAAGACGUAAACUACAACCUGUCGCCUGUCCUAUUCCACGUUUCAAAUGUGCUAGCCAAAUGUAGAUAUAUGAAGUACAUAAUCGAUUACUAUUUUAGGUAUAUGCCCUAUUGGGGGAUUCUCCCUUUUGGGGGCUUGGGAAAUUACUACCUCCCCUGUGAAACGACCACGGGGGGGGCACUCCCCAUCUGUGACAGUAUUAAUAACUUGUAUGUGUGCCAAGAAGGGGAAAGCAAUUUUAAUGGGGGUGGCCCUGGAGGGGUGGACAACCAAACUGUAGUUUCCGAAGCGUUAGGCGAGGAUAGACACACAGAUGUAUAUAUAAAUGGGAAGAGAGAGCAUCUCAAUGUAGAUGCGGCAAAUCAGCAAGCGUGUUUAGGUCCACGAUUUACCCGUACUGGGAAGAUGGAGAGCUACUCGGGGGAGCUAGCCAUUUCGCUAUCGGGGUGUACCCAUAGGAGAAAAACUCAAUCUGGUUUAAGCAACAGGAGAAGAGGCACCCCGGGAAGGAGAGACAAUCAGGCGGGGGACGGACUCCCCCUCGAAUUUGACUUUAACCGCAUAUACGCUAAGGAACUUUGCAGAAUUUACAUACACUGCUUAUUAGCAGAUGUGAGUGAGAUAUACAAAGGUAUACACUACACACAGACGUGCGAAAAGUACCUGUGCAGUGGGGUUUUAAAUCUAUGGGGGGAGCACCACAAGAGUAGGAGCAACAUGUAUAUGAGGCGGUAUUACGAACAUUUGGAGAGGUGGGCAGGACUUGAGGAGAACAACGCGGGGGGUGCAUCCUCACGAGGGGAAGUCAAACAGGGGGGUAUGGACCCAACGGAAGCAUUUUUCAACAUAGAAGAUUACAUAAGCAGUAGGGUUAUAGAAAUAGACUUCUAUGGACAAUUUGAGCACCUAAAGCGUGACACGAAGGAUUAUUUAAUGAGCCUGGUUAAAGAGGGGGACGCUUUGCAUGUGAAGGAGUUAACAAACUUUUCGGAGGUGCCUCGAGAUAGAUUGCACGAAAUGGAGAGAAAAGAAAAGGAAGAAAAGGAAAAAGAAAAAAAAAGAAAACGAAAAAAUGAACAAUUUUGCAAAGUUUUUUGUAGCGCUUUGCCAGUGUGCAUAGAAAAACGCUGUUGGGAAUUUCUAGACAAAAGUGAACUGAAACAGAUUGAAGAGGAAAAAAGGCAAAGAAGGAAUUUCACAAUUUCGUGUGAAAACAUGGGGGAGGAAUAUUUUAAUGCACAUGUAUUGAAAAAUUAUGAAGAAAAAGUGACCUAUUUUAGGAUUGACUGCUACGGAGGGGUCAUAUCCGUUGGGGGAGAAUUUGUGAACAGGAAAGGGGAGUUCCCACGUGUAGGAAAAAAGGAGAAGGGACGGAAAAAGACAGCUACAGAUGGGGAUAAAAAGGGAGAAACAAAUUUUACGGAAGAGAAAGACGACAAUUUUUUAACCGAAGAGGGUGUCCAUAUAUUGAACACGAACAUGCACAACUAUGUAAAUUACGAACGUGUGGAGGGUUCCAAAAUGGAAAUAUUUACCCACAACAGUUACGAGGGCGACGUAGGAAUUACAGGAGAUUUGAAGGGAAUGAAUUUUCGUGAUAGAAAUGCAUUAGUGGUCCUAACCCCCCCAGUGGUUAUCCCGAAGGAGUGCACCAUAGAGGUGUGGCUAUUUAUCGGUUCAAGAGAGGGAGCCACAAAUGGAUGGGAAAAGAGCUUCCUCUUUUGUGACGUGGAAGGAAAUUCCCCAUUCGUCAUUUCGAGAAGGGGAAACAAAAUUGAGGAUAUAGAAAUACACAUCAGUGAUAAGCGCAGGUUAAGCAGUUACUUUAGGCAACUGCACAGUGAGGGGAGGAGAGAACCCAUGGACGGGGAGAAGGCUACCGAAAAGGGAAACCACUGGAGCGUUUACAUAAAAUGUGAGAAGACGCCCAAAUGGAAUAAAAUAAAUUCCAUAGUGAAGCAAAAUCAGUGGAAUUUACUAAAUAUAACAAAAUGCGCUAGCGGAUUGAUUUACUACCUGAAUGGAAAGUACAUGAACAGCGUCUCACACGAAGUGCUAAAUUUAGAGAAACAAUUUCAGAUGAGCGUAUUUGGAAAUUCCUGCUUUGGAAAUAAUAACAUAGGAUUAUGCUCAUCUUUUAAAAUCUUCGAGUUUUUAAAAAAGGAAGAGAUAAAGAGGAGAUACGAAAUUGUGAAGAAAGUCAAAGGGAGAGAAAUGGUUGGAGACAACCUCUGCAUGGAGAUAAAAGACCAAGUAAUAGAAGGCAUAGAUGUGAGGGACAAAUGCAUGCAGGUGUUGGAAUUUUUCAUGUACUUUGCGCAAUCGCAAAGGGGGAAGACGAGGGUCGUUGCCUUCACCAAUGACUCGAAUUACAGAGUGAGAAUGUAUCAGCUACGCUUGGGUUCGAAGUACACGCGUGGUACUGCUCCAGGGGGGGGAGGCGGUCCUGGAGAAAGCGGUCCUGUGAAAAACCCCCCAAGUGCGCACUUCCACGAAAGGAACGGGGAAGAGUUACACAGCAAAGGGAACAAAUUAGGGUUGACAAAUCUACCAAAUGGAGAAGAAGAGGGACGGGAAAACCUCCACAGGAGAUGCGAAAAGAUAAUCCACAUCGAUGAUAAGGAAGAGUAUGGCUACAAUGUGUACUUCAAAAAAGUGAGCAGAAGGGAAGACGCUCCGAAGAUUUACGGAAUAAAUAUUUUUUCUGACCUCCUCUGCUAUGCAUGCGAUUUGUCCAAAUUUUACAACCUAAUUUUGGACCCUCCUUUAUCCCUAUAUAACGAAUUAGUAAAACCGUUCGGGUAUACGCUAUGCCUUUGGGUGUUCCUACCCAUAGAAGAAAAUGUUUCUUUUUCUUCGCUAGUUAGUGGAGAAAAGGAUGCACAUAUAAGCGUCUUUAGCGAUAGGCUACUUAUCGGUUGUGUUGAGAAUUACAAAAGGGGGAAGAAGCAGGGCCAAACCUUUUACCACUCUUCUGGAUUCAGCGUCAAGAAUGUGAAGAGGGGGUGGUACUACCUAACAGUCGUUGGAACUUUAAAGGGGCAAUUUUACUUUAUAAAUGGCUGCUUUAAAGGACAUCAUAAUUUUUGCUCCUUUGAUGAUGUGAAAUAUGUAGGAAAUAGUAGCUUGUUUAUUAACCCAUUUCCUUAUAUUUGUUUUUUCAAAAUGGUGACGAAGCCUUUAUCUGUCACUGAAAUUAUGUGUGAAUAUGCAUGCCCUGCGUAUGAUAAGUUGGCUGUUUCUCCCGGUUCUUCUUAUUGGUACCUACUUUUUGCGAACCUGUUUGGAAGAACAGCCCCAAAUGAUGGCAGCGUAGAUUCUUUGAGUGAUAAAUCUACGUCUUCCACUGGUUCAGACAAGGGGAGGUAUGUCCACUUUGAAAUUACAGAUUUUUUUGAUGUGCACGUUUAUCCAUACCGAGAGAGGAAAUAUUACCCCUUCGCGUUAUCCGUCACGUCUAUGGAGAACAGAAAGUUAUUUCUUUUUAACAAAAAAAAGGAGCAAAUUAAUAAUUUGACUGUACACCUGAACGUUAGCAUAGUGCUGCCUUCAUGUUGGGCAAUUUUCGCUGUCAUCAAUUUGGCGUAUGUGAAUAAAUCUGCCUAUCACUGUUUGGUGGGGGGGCAAAAUGGAGAUUCUCAUGUUGCCAUUAAAGGAUCAAAUUUAGCCUUAGGAGUUUUAACGCACUUGGGGGAGGACUUCCUGCAGAAGGGGGAGAUACCUGAUGAGGUCACAACUGGGGAGAGAGCGAACCAUUUGGCACGGGGAUCCUCCUCAAAUGAUAAAAAAGAGGCGGCAUCACGAGGUACCAAAGAAAUGGGUAAUACAGCUCAUAGCCAAACGGACAGCAACAUGUGCUACCAGAAUUAUCAACAUUUUCACAGCUCAGGGUACCACCUCCAGAAGGAACUGAACGAGGAAAUCCUAUUAACAACUAUAUGUCGAAAGAAUGAGCAGACCUUUUUCAUUAACUCGCACGAGGUGGGAGUGAGCAAGUCGUGUCUCAGUCCCAUAUGCUGCAUUGGGAACUGCCGAUCUGUCAGUGGCGAGUUUUUGUCUCCCUUCGGUUUUUACAAGUUUGUGCGGGUCGUUUUUGGGGACGUUACGGAUGAACAGGUCGCCCAGUUUCACCGCUCCCUUCCAUGUUAA